GGCGUUAAAAAGUUAAAUGGCGGCCACAAGUCCCAUUUAAAGUAGCAGCCGGUUUACAGAUCUGUGUUACGAACACAGAGGACUAAUUGCGUCAUUUUCCCCAUGAUAGUGGAACGAGACCUCUGAAGCACGAUGGCUAAUCAAUUAUUGUCGACGGCAAAUAAAUUGGAAAAAUUGUUCGUUAAAUCAGCUUUGACUGGUCGGUGUGAUCGUUUACAGCUUUGGCAGAAGUUGUCGAUGCUACGAUAUGUAUCAAGAAUACCAACAAUUGAAUGUGUUCAGCAGCAAUGGCAACUGCUUUGUCAGCGGCCCCCGAAGGGUUUUGAAAAAUUCUACCCAAAACAAACAGGUCAGAAAUUGGCUGGAAAGCCUGAGAAAGAAGGAGAAAAGUUAACAGAGAAAAGCACCCCGCCAUCUCAACAACCGCAUCAGCCAAAGACUCCACCAUCUCAACCUAAUGGCAAUAAGCAGUCACCAUUUCCACCGUGGUCUUUCAAGUUAUUUGGUGAAAAAUUUCAGUCGGGAUCCGGUGGGAAAAAUCCACCAGAUUCCAGUAAAGAUGCAAUUUUACUUUGCUGUGGCAUCGGGGCUGCCUGUUUAUUUGGAUAUCUGGCAUACAACCAAAUGGGAUAUAAAGAAAUCACCUGGCGGGAUUUUCUCAACAGCUACAUGUCGAAGGGUAUUGUAGAAAAGCUAGAAGUCGUCAAUAAAAAGUGGGUCCGAGUCCAGCUGCUGCCUGGUCAUGGUGGAGAUAAUUGGCCCAUUCUUUGGUUUGCCAUUGGAAGUGUAGACUCAUUCGAGCGGAACUUAGAAAAUGCGCAAGUCGAAUUAAAUGUUGAACCACAAAACUAUGUUCCUGUCAUUUACAAGACUGAAGUUGAAGUGGGAAGCUUGAUGUUCAGUUUAAUACCCUCCAUUCUAAUUACACUUUUUCUCAUAUACAUCAUGCGGCGAACGGCGAACAUGAUGGGUGGCAAAGGCGGGCGUAAAGGUGGUGGAUUAUUCGGUGGAGUAAUGGAAUCAACUGCUAAGCUCAUUAAUUCUAGUGAAAUUGGAGUGCGAUUCAAGGACGUGGCGGGAUGCGAGGAAGCAAAAAUCGAGAUUAUGGAGUUUGUAAAUUUCCUAAAAAAUCCACAACAGUACAUAAAUCUCGGAGCGAAAAUACCCAAGGGAGCAAUGCUCACAGGUCCACCUGGAACUGGGAAAACUCUCCUGGCAAAAGCAACGGCCGGUGAAGCAAACGUUCCUUUCAUUACUGUGUCUGGUUCCGAGUUUUUGGAAAUGUUUGUUGGAGUCGGCCCAUCCAGAGUCCGUGACAUGUUUACCAUGGCCCGAAAACACGCACCGUGUAUAUUAUUCAUUGACGAGAUAGAUGCGGUGGGCCGGAAGAGGGGAUCGCGAAAUUUCGGUGGACAUUCGGAGCAAGAGAAUACGUUGAAUCAGUUGCUUGUCGAAAUGGACGGUUUUAAUACUACUACAAACGUGGUUGUAUUGGCUGCUACUAACAGAGUCGACAUCCUGGACAAAGCUCUGCUACGUCCCGGAAGGUUCGAUCGACAAAUUUUCGUCCCCGCUCCCGAUAUCAAAGGACGUGCGUCAAUUUUCAAAGUGCAUUUGGAACAUCUCAAAACUAACCUUGAUAAGGCAGAUCUGGCGAGAAAAAUGGCAUCUCUUACCCCUGGGUUUACAGGGGCUGACAUUGCCAAUGUUUGUAACGAGGCAGCUCUUAUCGCAGCGAGAGAUUUGAAUACCAGCAUAGAGCUGAAAAAUUUCGAACAAGCUAUAGAGCGAGUUGUUGCGGGUAUGGAGAAAAAGACCAACGUUCUGCAGCCGGAGGAAAAAAAAACUGUCGCUUAUCACGAGGCUGGCCAUGCUGUAGCGGGAUGGUUUUUGGAGCAUGCGGAUCCACUUUUAAAGGUUUCCAUUAUACCUCGGGGCAAAGGCUUGGGCUACGCACAGUAUUUACCGCGGGAGCAAUACCUCUACACCAAGGAACAAUUAUUUGACCGAAUGUGUAUGACUCUGGGCGGGCGAGUGUCUGAGGAAAUAUUUUUCAAACGGAUUACUACGGGAGCGCAGGAUGAUUUGAAAAAGGUGACUCAAAGUGCUUACGCACAAAUAGUGCAUUACGGUAUGAAUGAGAAGGUCGGCAACGUUAGCUUUGACAUGCCUCAACCCGGGGACAUGGUUUUGGAUAAGCCUUAUUCCGAAAGUACCGCUCAACUGAUCGAUUCCGAGGUUCGCGUUUUGAUCGACAGUGCCCACCAACAUACACGGGACCUGCUCAAUAAACACAAGGAGCACGUUAUCAAGGUAGCAGAGCGUCUUCUCAAACAAGAAAUCUUGAGUCGGAACGACAUGAUCGAACUGCUUGGUCCACGACCUUUCCCAGAAAAGUCUACCUACGAGCAAUUCGUAGAAGGAACAGGGUCUUUCGAAGAAGACACGCAACUACCGGAGGGAUUGAAAGAGUGGAAUCAAUCCCGUGGCAAAGAAUCCAACACCCCCAGUUCCAACAACGAAGAAUCCGAGAUCGCCAAAGGUGCACCCUUGCCCGCUACCGAAUCCCCCAAAGAUCAGCCCACUCAACGUCUGUAAUUAUUUCGAUAUAGGUAUAGUUUGAUGUGUAUCGCUUUCAUAUGCUGUAUUAUAGUUAAAAACUUAUUAUAUACAGAGUAAUAAAUUAUUAUUGUAUUUUAAAAUGAAAAUGGCACAACAGGA